AUGCCAUUGUGCCAAAUAGCAGAGUACCAACGCGAAGGUUUCAUGACGGAGAUGCCGCCAGUGCCCGAAGAUGAGUUCUGUGUGUUCGGCACAGUGUAUGCUCACCCAGAGCACGCCGAUACCCUGGAAUCGGUAUAUGCAGAGACCACGAGACUAUCAGCGUCGGAGCCUGGAAUCAUUUAUUAUUGCUUGGCCAGAGAUGGUGAUGAUCGCAAUGUGUUUCAUUUCUUCGAGCGAUAUACUGGUCGCAAGGCUUUUGAGGAACAUAACAGCACACCGACUGUGAAGAAGCUCCUGGCUGAUGGUCUGAUGAGAGGCGUGAAGGCAAAGUUUGUGCAGCCUAUCAAGCCAACUGUCCAGCCGUCGUCUAAGGCUUGA